GACUCUUAGAACAACCAGAUUUUAAGUGCGGUAAAUUUUCCUACCAAAAUGCGAUCAAAGUUGCCUCUGAUGCUCUUUCUACUUUCCUCACUUGGCUUCUUCUUGCAGAUCACUUCUUCAGGUGGCCUCAAAGCGGCAGUGCAGCCAAUAGGUGUGUGUUAUGGAACAUUUGGUAACAGUCAGCCACCAGCCCGAGAAGCGGUGUCUCUUGUCCAAUCUGUUGGAAUAGGAAGGAUGAGACUCUAUGGCCCUGACCAUAAUGCUCUUCCAGCCCUUGGUAACACUAAUAUUGAAGUCACUCUUGGUGUCCCUAAUGACGAACUUGAAUGGGUGGCGUCCAGCCAAGAUAAUGCAAACGAGUGGAUCCAAGGCAAUGUCCAAAACUAUAAACAAGUCAAGUUUAGGUAUAUUGUUGUUGGUAAUGGAAUAAGUCCAGUACUGGAUUUCAAAACCUCCCAGUAUGCACCAUUCCUUCUUCCGGCCCUUCAAAACAUUCAGAGUGCAAUUUUUGCUGCUGGACUACAAAAGAGAAUCAAAGUGACCUCUGCUUUUGAUCAAACAGAGCUUCUUCACCAGUCUUUCCCACCAUCACAGGGUGAAUUGAGGACGGAGAUUAGAGAAUUUAUUGACCCUAUUAUUAGUCUCUUGGUCAAGAACAAUGCACCGAUUCUAGUAAAUCUUCACCCUUACUUUGACUACAUCUACAAAAUGCCAAAUAAUCCUAUAGAGUUGGCAUCUAGUAAGAGCAAGCAGGAUGUACGACUUCAAUACGCUCUGUUCCAGAUUCCAAAUAAACCUCUUGUACAAGACGGCCCACUUGGCUAUAGUAAUGUUUUCGAUGCCAUGGUAGAUAGUGUAUAUUCUGCACUGGAGAAGGCCGGUGGAUCCUCUUUGGACAUCGUGGUCUCAGAAAUUGGAUGGCCCCAGGCUUCAUGGUCUGCUGAUAAUCAUAUAGCCAAUAAUCAAAAUGCAGCAACUCAUAACUGUUGGGAUUUAAUCUAAAACAUGUUUUUAGAUAAUAAUAUUUUUAUUAUGUUUUAUUUAUUUGGGUUAGUGCUAAAUCACGUAAACCAGGUUAAUAGGAGAUAGAAUAGGUUAUUUGUUUGUUUGAGGAAUAUCAGGAGGAGUUUUGAAUAAGUGGGGAUGUUGGAGUAUUUGUAGGAAGUAGUUAUUAGCUAGUGUUUCUCUUGCAUUCAGUUUCCAUCAGGGUAUAUAUAUCCUACAUGUACGUUCAGUUUUAUUUAAAACAGAGAGAACACAAUGUAGCCAUUAAGUGUAUUCUGGUUUAUAAAUACAAGUGUUAGUUUUUCUGCAUUAUAUUAGUAGUCUUAUUAUUAUCUUUAUUAAAAUUUCAACAUGGUAUCAGAGCGAGGUUGGAGAGUAUCAGGGCUUAACAGCCUUUCCUCCGAUCUUUGGGUUGUUGCUGGGUGUUGGCGUCACGGGUGCCGGGCGUUGUGCUGCAGAGGCGUUGUGUUGCAGAGAAGAUGUAGUUUUAAGUAGGCGUUGCAGAAGUAUGGUGGAAAAGCUACACGUGUAGUAUGGGAUGCAUGUGUAGUAUAGGGUUGCCGAGAAAGACAAGGCGAUGCCGGAGAAGUUCGUGAGAAGAAAAUCAUGGCACAAGUGGUCAUGAAAGAAAUUUUUAGUUUAGAAUUGUUGGUGAGAAGUGCACCCUGGAGAAAAAUACUCCAAAAUUGUUUUUGAUGAGAAGUGCAUCAAACUUGAUAGUGGUGAUCAGAAGUGCAUCACAAAAUGAAAAGAUGGUGGUGAGAAGUGCAUCACAAGAUGAAGAGAAGUGCUUCACAAGUUUUAGAUUAAGGGAGAGAUUGUUGGGAUUUAAUCUAAAACAUGUUUUUAGAUAAUAAUAUUUUUAUUAUGUUUUAUUUAUUUGGGUUAGUGCUAAAUCACGUAAACCAGGUUAAUAGGAGAUAGAAUAGGUUAUUUGUUUGUUUGAGGAAUAUCAGGAGGAGUUUUGAAUAAGUGGGGAUGUUGGAGUAUUUGUAGGAAGUAGUUAUUAGCUAGUGUUUCUCUUGCAUUCAGUUUCCAUCAGGGUAUAUAUAUCCUACAUGUACGUUCAGUUUUAUUUAAAACAGAGAGAACACAAUGUAGCCAUUAAGUGUAUUCUGGUUUAUAAAUACAAGUGUUAGUUUUUCUGCAUUA